AUAGUUUGGGGUUCUGAAUACUGAUAUCAAUCAAUUCUAUCAUAUUUUUUAUUCAUAAUACUUACUGUAUUUUGUAUAAAAAUAACACAUUAUAAAGUAAAAAUACGUAUUUAAAUAGUCUAAAAAUGAAAGUGAAUACAGAGAAAAUUCCACUUGAGACUGAUCAAGGGAUUAUUGAGAGUGAGGAACGAAGGUGGGGUCUACCACUGAAAGAAGUGUACAAACACGGCUUAUUAUUUUACAAAGAUAAGGAAGGCAAAGCAAUGCAUCUGAGCUAUGAAGAUAAGUUGAAAUUAGUAGCUUACACUCAACAAACGGCUCAUGGGCCAUUAGAUGUGAACUCUGUGCCACCAUUGGGAGUGUUGGAUGUUAUUGGGAGAGACAGAAGAGCGGCAUGGCAGGCAUUAGGACAUAUGUCACAAAUUCAAGCAAUGGCUGGCUUCAUACAUACAUUGGAUAGACUGUGCCCAUCAUUUCGACCAUACAUAGAAGCGAUACAGAAGGACUUUGAAGACAAAAAGGAGCAAGAGGUAAAAAAAGAGCAGCAGCUAAAGAACCAUAAAGAGCUGGAAGAUAGAGUUUUGUUAGAAAGGGAUAGCCAUAAUAGUGCAAAACUAACUGAAGAAGAGCAAGUGCAAAGAGUAAAAGAUGCACUUAACGCGCAAUCAUACGAGCAGUUCUAUGAAUAUGCCCAGCAACAGUUUCCCGAUAACGUGGACCACCAGGCUGUCCUCAUCAGGCAACUCCAGGACAAACAUUACCAAGAGUAUAUUCAACAGUUGGCCGUUGAUGAAAGAUUAGCCAAGUCACACAUUAACUUUAACGAAGAAGACACGUUUGAAACGAAUGAUGCUAAAAAGGACUGCAACUCAAAUGAUACUGAUAUAAUUGAUAGCAAGGAAAUUCAGGUUUCAGAUCAAUUUGAAAGCGAGUAUAAAGAGGACUCCAGAGGUGGGGAUUCCGAGCCGGAUGAUGGUCUACCCGGAAUAGACGAGGCGCGUAUGUGGUGUCGGGGUUCCGUUGAAGUGUUCAAGCAGUCAGCUCGCGACAAUGGUGGAACUCUGACGGUCGCUCACGGUGAAACUGUCACCGUGCGGGUGCCAACUCACAGCACCGCUAACGCCAUCUGUUGGGAGUUUGCCACUGACUACUAUGACAUAGGAUUUGGUCUGUACUUCGAGUGGAGCAAGUCGCCGACGUCAGAAGUGACAAUCCACGUCUCGGAGUCUGAUGAAGAGGGGGAUUGUGAUGAUGACGAGUAUCCUGAUGAAGAGUACACAAUAGAAGGCAACUCUAGAGACCCAGAAAUGGGGAGAGGCAAGCAUCUAGUGGUACACACACGACCUAUGGUCAGCCUAGUUGUACCAAUCUACAGGCGCGACUGCCAUACUGAGGUUUACGCAGGCUCUCACACAUACCCCGGGGAAGGCGUGUAUCUACUCAAGUUCGAUAAUACAUAUAGCUUAUGGCGAUCAAAAACGUUGUAUUACAAGGUAUAUUAUACUCAGUAAACGAUAGAACUUUGUAAUUGGUAGUACAAUAUCUUGGAGUAUUCAACCGACCGGAGACGGACGGCGCGCUAAAAGUUUUAUUAGUACCGUCUACAAGUUAAUUUUUUUCCACUAUGAUGAUUAAAAGCAUUAUUUUACUGCCUUGUUUAUUGUAUUGAGGAAUUAUUAUUAUAUUAUAAAAGUAUUGAUUAUAAUUGAAAAUAGGAUAUUCAUAAUUCAAACCUUCUCGUAGGUUUGGACUCUUUGGACCGCAUACCGUCUCCAUUUGGUUGAAUACGAAUAAGAUUUAAACAUGUAUUGAUGUUAAAUGUCUGUAUUAAGUGUUUAGUAAUUCAUGACAAACUAUAUUUAUGAAACACGGCGACAUAAUAUGUGUAUGUUUAUUGUUAAGUGUAUAUUAUGUUCUGUUUUGAUAAAAUUGUAGGGUUGUAUUAUUUUUUUACACAGAUAUAUUUCAAAAUUUAUGGCAAUUUAUUGUUAAUUUUAUGGUGAAAAAAAGUAAGAAAGUGUAUUACAAAAAUUCGAUCUAAUUUACUAUUGUAUUGUAUGUAGGUACAUAAUAUAUAGUCAAUAGACAAAAAAGUGUAAAAUGACAUUUGCAAAAAUUGAGUACUAAGUUAAUGUCACAAAAUUUAUGUGAUUGAUCCAAAGACGAGCGGAACCGUAGGCGAAAGCUAGUAUUAUUUUUUGCAAACUGGACUGCUUUAAGUCUAAGUAACGACCUGCCAUUUUACGCUACAUACGUUAAUAUUUAUUUAUGCAACUGUUGUGUAAUAAGGGGUAUUAAAACACGAAUGUGAGUUUAUAUGUGAUAAUAGUAUCACAUGAGUGUUUUAAUACCUAAUUAUCAACAGUUGCAUACAAGACUUUAUCUACACCCAUAAUAUGAAUCCUCUUAAAGAUUCUGAAACAGUUAGCUUACUGCUAACAUUCGAAAAGGGCAGUCCUAGUAACCAUUACAUCAUCCAAACGAGUGUUGUAAUGUUGUACUGAAUUUCAUUACAACACUCGUUUGGAUGAAGAUAAAUUAUUGUUACAUGAUUACACUACUGGGUUCGGAAAACACCAGUAUAAUCUGUAAAUAAGUUUUGCACGUCACAGCAGUUAUUACUAGGUACCAAUAACUCGUUACACAUUAUUAUUACUGGAUAACCAAAUAGUUCACUAGUAGUUGUAACGUUUGUUAUAAUCACGCUGAAUAUUACUCCGCUAAAAUUACUUCUAGCUGUUAUUUAAUUCUGUAGUGCCAAGGUAAGAUAAAGACAAACUGUCUUACUAAUAAACGCAGUGUAAAGUUAUUCCAAAGUUAAAAAUUACUUCUUCCUGUCAUGUAUUUUGCGCCUAUUUCUGCCGUGAAGCAGUAAUGUGUAAACAUUAGUGUGUUUCAGUGUGAAGGGUGCCGUGAAAUUACUGGGCAAAUGAUACUUAACAUCUUAUGUCUCAAGGUGACGAGCGCAAUUGUAGUGCCGCUCAGAAUUUUUGGGUUUUUCCAGAAUCUUGAGUGGCACUGCAUUGUAAUGGGUAGGGCGUGUCUAUUACCAUCAGCUGAACGUCCCGCUCGUCUCGUCCCUUAUUUUCAUAAAAACUGUAAUUCUGUAGUCACAAGGAUAAGGAAAAAACUUAUUUUUUUUACACUUGGAAUAAGUUUACUUCGCGUUUAUAAGUAAAACAGAAAUAGUCUUAAACCUGGAUUAAAUUCACUUCGCGUUUAUUAAUAACACUGAUAACGAUCAUUCUCGAAUGAUGUCGGAGAGUGUAAACAAAUAAGAAUGAAUAAACAAAUUGUUUACAGUACACCUUGGUUUGUUAAGGUCGAGAUUCCUUUGCACAAUAAUUAUAGAACCUGUGGAAUUCUAUGACUCUCGGCAAAAUUCGACAUUCAACGUGCCCUUCGUAACAUUAAUAUUAAUUGCGAUUAGAUCGUUGACCGCUGAUAUAGUAUCAAUUUACUAUUUAUUUUAAUAUUAUAAUAUGCGUAUUGCUUUCGAACUAUAUGGCUCGGUGACAAUUUGGUUGUGUUAUUAAGCGGCGUAAGAGACAACUGUCAAAAGUUUCACCUCUCAGAUGACAAUGCGUCUGUUGUCUAUGGUAUUUCUCUAUCUACAGGAAAUCGUCGGCGCUAUUAAUUGCCAUACCAAAAAAAAACCGGCGCAUCCAAGCGGUUUUAAGUAGAGCCUUUUAUACCGAAGUCUUAUAGGUGUCCAAUAUUUUAUCAAGAGUUUGAAAUUGUAGUUGCGGGAAAUAUAAUAUAAUUUUUUAGUGUAAACUUAUGUAUAAGUAGCAUUUAUUAGUAUUAUUGCAGAUUUAGUAUUAAAUAUUUUGUUAGUUUCUUACCUAAAUAUAUAUGAUAAUAUUUAUUUUGUGACCCAACUAAAGUUGGAACAAACUAGUGAUAUAUGUUUUUGUAUAUAUAUCAUAUACGUUCCAAAGUCUUGCAAAUAUGUCAGUACUAAAGUAUCGCAACUCCCGUUUUGUACUGCAGAGAAAGUUUUUAAGUAUUAAAACAAUUCAGGAAUAUCUUCAGAUGUAAAUAGAGUUUUAGUAUCUCUUAUACCGGCUUCACAUGGUUCAAUUUUAGUAGACCAACAGUUUGUUAGUCCAUACAGAGUACGAAAUAAAUAUGAAUGAACACUAAUCCUAUGGGUCAAUUAAAAUCAUUUAAAUUAAAAAAAAAUACUAAUUAUAUACAGAUAUUAAUACAGUAAAUACAUUGCGGUAUCGCAAUUGCUCCUGUCACUUUUAGAUAUAAGAUAUUCCGUCUAAACCCGGUAAUUUCUUGCUAUGGCAUCUUUCAAACUGAAACCCAAUGCUUGAACACUGCUUGACGGUACAAAAAAUCACCGUUGUGGUACCCUCUGUGCAAAAAAAUGCGUGUGUGUACUUAUGUAUGCACGCAAGAAGUUACACUUCUUUGGCGUAAUGAAGCAAAAAUCAUUAAAAUGAUUUAUUCCUCGUGCUAUUCUACGUUUUUAGAAAGAACAAUUUUGUAAAAUCUUGCAAAGAUUGCUUUGACAAUUGAUUAUUAAAUAAUGAACACGCCUGAAUGAGCUUGAACCAUUUCCCUGUACUAAUAAUGGACGAAGAAACCAAAAAAAAAAAUGCAACGCAAACGGAAACGUCAGAAAAUAAUAGGAACCAACUUCAACCUGUUACUUUUGUGUUACAGUGAUGCGCGCGCAUCUUAAAAUUUCACUCUCAUAAUUUUUUCAUAACGCGCCUAAAGAAGUAUAACUUCAAUAAUUCCCAAUUUCUCCCAUUGGAUUUCAUUUAACCGCACGCCUUUUUUAGCUGUUGGUCAACUUAAAUGGAGCCAUCUGAACUCGCAGCCAAACUAAGUAGUUCUUAAUUGCUAGAGUUGAUAUUCAAUUUAACAUCAAAAAAGUGUCAAACUCAGGGGUCAAACGUCAGUUUUUAGGGCCCUGGACUAGUACUACAUCAAAAUACUAUUUUAUUAUUUAGCGGGAAAGGAGGCAAUAAAAUAUAAAUUUAUACUGUGAGUGAGAAAAGAAAUAGCAAAUGUAAGAAAUAAUUUUAAAAUAUAAUUUUAAGCAUCAUUAAAUUUGCCUUUUAUAUCCCCUGGGUCCUGCCUGCAGCUUAUUAUCCCUUAAAGAUCCAGCCCUGGUCAAAGGCUAUUUAAUUAGUUACUUAAUUAAGCAACUCUACUGUAAACGAAAUUCUCCAUGUCCCCAUAUUUUAGAUUAUAAAAAGAAAUAUGUACUUAAUAAUUUAUUUAUUUAAGAGCUAAUGCGUUGUAAUGUAUGGAAAUACUUGAAAGAUAACCUAUAUACUCUUACAAAGAUAAGUUGUUCUUCGAGUAUAUCUCUUAUAGCGAAUUUUAGAAACACUUCAUGAUAUUCUCUCUUCUUUUAUGUAGAUAAAUGUAUCACGCAAAUUUUGUGUUUAGAAAUGAUAAUUAUCUUAUUUAUUGUAAGUAUUGACGUUUUACAUGUUAUUAACGGCCAUUCCCAAUAUUCAGCCUAUCUCCGGCUGUCGUAACUAUCGUUGACUUUUCUGUCCCAAUAAACUUAUCGACGGUAACUCAUCUUAUCCGUACACGUUGUCUGUCAAGGGGACGACGUAUAGCUUACCAGGUAUAGAAGUUUGUAUGGAAAAUGCAACAGUUAACUAGCGAUAAGAAUGAGUUAUCGGGUAUAUUGGUACAGCUUCAGAUUAUUGACAGUAGAAGGUAGCAAUUUAUCUCUAUCUGUGGAUAGUAUAUUGGGAACGGCCGUUAGUCGCCAUAAUAGUUCCUUCACGUAUCAUAGUAGUAAUUUGGUAUGGUUACAGUAAUAUCACAACACAUUCUGUAUAUAGACAUACGUGGCUUUAAUAAAUUAUUAAGAACUAGCGGAUCCGAAGGUUGUUCUAUACAUAAUAAAUAAAAUACUGUGUUUUUAUGAAUUUGUCAAUAAUAUUUCAUAACAUCAAGAAUUAUUAUGUAUAAUAUUCUCCCUGUUGUUAUAAUGAAAUUGUUUCACAUCAGAACUGUCAAACCGUGCGUCAAUAAAUUCUCAUAGAAAAUAUGUCCAUACAAAACAAAUUUUGGAAAUAAAAAUAAUUAUGGGUCCCAAAUCGUAAUAAGAACUAUCCUGUCUCUCAAGUGGGACUAAACUGCACUCCAUGGAGUAAUUCCCAUUAAAAUCCGUUUAUUAAUUUAGGAGUUCACACAUUUUUUUGGAGUUAAACUUCUCGCAUGCUUGACUUGGGGAGUAAGCUGGUAAAUGCGUGACGAGAGCGUUGCGAACGAACUAACGUUAUGCGAAUGGUGAUUUCUUGAUUAUUUCAUUCUUGAACAAUUUUAUAAAUUAAACAUUUAUUUAGCGACGUUCCAUUGUUUUUAGAACAUACUAAGCUCUUGUGCAUCAAAAUCCUUCUCCUAUUUUGUUCAGAAAAAAUAAUACCGUUUCCUGCUUCGAAUGAUAUCCCAUUAGAUGUUUUCUUUUCCUUAAUGAAACAUGCAAGUAACCCAUUGAAUUAUUAAAAUAAAUAUUAGCACAUGUUGUACCGUGAAUGUUUAAUGUUAAUUAUAAUAUACUGAAGGCCAUUCGUAUAUAUAUGUAUAUGUAACGCCGGAGUUGUAUUAUUUAUAUAUUACCGUUUUUUUUAUAAUUUUAUUUUAUAUAGAUGGAUUUAUUGUGAAUGUAUAAUAUAUUGCAGUAUAAUAUUUAAAGAA